AAUCCUUCGCUGGAUUUGAAAUGUCGAUCGAUUAGGUACUUAGGGCUGGAUCUCGUAUCCUCUUUCCGAUUUGGUCAUUGCGAUGGCUAAAUAAUUGAUCGAUCAGGUAAUUAGGGCUCAUGCUCGAGCUCGUAUUGUCCUUCCGAUUUGGGAAUAUGCCGAUGGGUGAACAGUCGAUCCUAUUUGGGGUUCAAACUUGGUGGAAGAGUCGGCUCAACCCCGAACGCUGGCGAGAUGGGCGACCCGAGGCGAUCUUGGAGAGAGGAUUCGCGUCAUGGAGACGAUGCCUGGGGUCGACCGCGCAACAUCCCAUGGACGCAGCCGGAUCCGCCCCCACAGCCUUGGGGCGGAUGGGGCUGCCCUCCCCACUCCGUCCCCCUGUGGGAGAAGAUAUACCUCAGCGACGUCUGUGGCAUGCCAUGGGAGAGGAUCUGCAUGAUCCGGAGAUGCAUGUCCGUUAGUCGCCACGAGGGCGUCUUCCGAUGGGACGAUUCGGCGGCCUUGGAGGCUUUCCAGAACUCGAAGACCAGGCUCUGGGCGGAGUACCACGGCCGCCCCUGUGACAUCCCCUUGCCUGAUCCAGAUAUGUUUAUCGACGAGGUCGACCACGACGCCGUGAUCGACCCCGAACUGAUCGCGGACUUGGAGAUGAAGCCGGCGGAUUCCGCUGAUUUAGGCGACGGCCGCGUCAAUAAGCUUCCUUCGGCAACGGAUAACAGCGGUGGUCGUCUUCCGACUGCGAACUGGGAUGUUUAUCUUGCACAGGAGGUGCGGCCCACGGGAUGGGGUGACGUGCCGGAACCUAAUUCCUGGAACCAGCAGGGAAAGGGUGUAGUUGGCAACUCAUGGAAUUGCGUUGGUCGUGGUUGGGAUCAGCAAGCUACUCAGGAUGAUCAGUGGAGGGGUCGUGGAAGGGAUAAUUAUGUGGGUUAUAAUGAUAGGAUGAGUAUCCCGUGGGAAACCUGGGAGAUCACGAAUAGGAAUUUUGAACCAGGUAGAAGAAAUGGAAGGACAAGGGACGAAGGAGGUCACUGGGGACCGAGACAUACAAGACCGAAGUAUCAAACCAAUGCUUACCAAUCAAAUGACGACCGUCGGAGAAACUAUAAAGGAAAAAAUCGAAUGACAAAUCGUUGCUACAAGGAGACCCCUGCUUGAAAUACAUGCUAUGUAGCAGUCAUAGACCACAUCUUGUUGCUGAUACACAACUUUGCAGUUUGACAGGUUAUGUUUGAUGUCUUUUGCCAUUUCACUUAGAAAUUACUAUGGAUACAGAUUUUUUAUCAUUGUAGUGUCUUGACAUGUUCUUAUUUUAGUUCAAAUAUUUUUAUCAAUAUGAUGUUUGAUUGGCAAAACAAAAUCUUGUUGUUGUAUUCCUCCACCUCGACUUUACAAUGUGGACGAAGAUCAGACGUUCAUAUGUUGUUUCACAUGGUAUAUAAGUUGGAUUCCUUUGGAGCUAAAACAUCAAAAUGAUAGGAAUAUCGAAGGCACAUGUGCCCAUGUAUGUAUAUGCCAAGGUGAUCAAUAUUUUUGUUUUACUUUUUAUCAUAUGGAUACAGACUUUUCUUUAUAUCAUAGCUGGUUAACUAGAUUCCAAGUCUCACAUUAUAGCAACAUUACAUUUAUUUUAUUUUCUUAGCUUGUCUUUUUUUUCAGUAAUCAGAAUACCUAUUUUAAAACUUGAUGGUUGUAGUAGACUUUUCACGCCCAGGUCUACAAUUGUUGUCUCGCUUUGAGGAAACAUUGACUUUCCAUGUUUCCUCUCAUUCGUACUAUCUGUUUAUUCACAGCAUAUUGGGGAAUUAGGAAGGCGAUAUUUUUCAUGCUAGAUACCAAUUUGAACCCAUUGAAGAAUCUGUAUAUCUGCAGAUCCUAGCUUCCUUUAAACAAGGCAUGAUUUGCACGGUGCCCAUUCUCUGAAUGAUGUACUAUCCUUUUGGAGCACUUUUAUGCAGGUUAUUUAUUUGAUUAUGGACCAUGGAACUUACCUUGAGAAUCCAGUGGAUUUUUGGCUAUAAGAAAUUUGCUAAAUAUAGGAUGUAUUUUGCACAACCAGAGAUGCAUGCUUAAAGAAUGUCAUCUACUCCACUUCUUUCUAAACAUCCUGGUUUAGCCUAGGAGUUGAAGGGCCAUCAACUCUGUGGGGUUAAUCCACGAUAACUGAACCUUAGGCUGUCCAAGGAGUCUUUGUUAUUUGUCUAUGAAACGUAUUAAAAAAAUGAACUGUCGUUAUUGAUGCCACAAAAAUUCUCUGUUUAAGAUGCCUUAGCUUCUUUGCAUCAUGAAUGAAGUCUUUGAACUUUGGAGCAGAGAAGAUUGCUGUAGUCUCUUUGAAGAACAAUUUUAUAAAUUUAGGAUCUGAUGCACAAAUGCUUAAAAUGUUUGUUGCUGGAGAGUAUCCGUAUGAACCUGAGGUCUGCAUCUUAUCCCAAAGAUCUGUAAAAUUUUUAGUGUCCUUAAGCCAGCGCUGAGUAGUUCCUUGUAGACCAGCUCUGUAGCUGCUGUGACACACUUGUCAGUGUUUCUUAAUUAAUUGAAAGUUUGUACAACACAAGAAACUUGUGUGCAACAGUUAGAUUUUUAAGGACAUAAACCUGGCAACUCGAGCUUGUGCUUCAGUGGAAAUGAAAUGAAAUGUUAUUUAAUUGAAAAACCAAUGAAAUGGUUCACAUGAGCUGAGCUGUUUAAGUGAACUCUAUUGUUUCCACCUGUAUGCCGUUUUGUGCUGUGGCACAAAGCAGGUGACACCUGCAAAUUCAUGACACCGAGCUAAAAAUCCAUAAAUUCAUCUUCCAAGGUGGCACCACCUUGAAUGAAUAACUAUGCCUAUUCUUAAGAUGGUUUCCAUUAAGAGAUCACUUGUAAUAUCAAGUCUUAGUCAGCACUGUUGUUUUGUACCUAUGUUAUUCUAAGUCCUAUGUUAGAUCUUGUAUUCUUAAAGAUUUUUAAUUCAUAUAAUAGGUUAUUUCAUAGAAUCACUGGGGUUGCAAGGUCUUGCUAUUAUGUUAACUUGGCUGUGGAUGUUUCAUGCAUGGUAAGUGAAGAUAUAAAUGUGGGAUGCAAAGCAUUUUACCUGAAGAUCUAUAAAAUGUGGCUGUCUUCCAAGUAUACUGGCUAUGACUUCAUUGCAUAAUUGCAAUAUGUUUGUGUAUCUGAGUAAUCCAUUUAUCUCUGUUUCUUUUAUGCACCUGGAGUUUUAAAUUGUCAGAUUGUCUUUGGCUUGAGCUGAAAGCAGUUUUUAUUCUCACUAUUUCCUUCAUGACAAAUGGCAUGUAUGAAUUUCUCUUGAGAUGUUUGGUAAUUCAAAUUAAGGUUCUGCGGGUGUGAUGUUGAUCGAGACAUCUAUGAUGUGAAUGAGGCUUAUUUCUAUCUUCAUCCAGAGGUGGCAGCGAUGUUCAAUCCAUGAAUGAUCAGACGUGUCAUGGUCUUGAGGGUAAUUGGGGGGUUAGUCUCUUGAAUACCGGUGGACUCUCCCAGAUACUUUCCAGCUAUCCAAAGGUCUCGUUAAUAUAGCCACGGUCAGCCAACUCCUUGAAAUAAUUGAAUCAUAGAUGGAUAUUUCUAUACAAUUUGUUGGAGUUGCACUGACAUAGGAUAUGAUCCCGAAAAGACCUAUGGACACGUUUGCUGCAUAAAAAAAUGAUUUUCCUGGUGCAGUCAAAUGAUCUUCACAAAAAUCUUCCAAUCUCUCUGUUUGGUUCAUCACGGACAGGUUCAUAAAUGGACUGCUCCUCUUCAGCUUCAUCGACCUUAUCUACUACAUUGUGUAGACCCACACUGUAAUAAGCUAUUUCUUAAUGGUUCACCAUGUCCACUUUGAUUCAUGAAUUGUGAUCUUUGUGCUUAUCAGAAGUGAAUUCUGUGGUGCGCAAGUCAUGCUAAUUUCAGAAUUGUGUGCGAGAAGCCGCUUACCAUCUUCACUUUGAGUUUCUGCUGCUCGGCUACGGCUUAUGGUAACUCUUAUUUGUUGGGCAGACUGUGUCGUUGCAGAGAACAGGGGGAGCUGGUGGUGGAAGCAACACUAGCAAGAGCCAGAUCACAGAGGCCAUCUGAGGUUUGGUUGAUGAAUCUUGUCUCUUUAAAAUGACAUACAACUGUGAUAGUAGGAAGUUAUAGUUCUGCUGUUCAUUUAGGUUGUUCUUGCUUAAAGCUGUUGUUAUAUUUACUAGUGUUGUUGUUGGCUACCAAGAUUUGGUUUUUAUUUCUCCUUGGCAGCUUUGGUGGGAUCUAUUUCUAGUGGGUUUAAGUUCAAUGUUUGUGAUUUUGGGAUUUCCUUUUGCACUUGUUUCCUUUCAAGGGGAUUUUAAAGUUCAAUAAAAAAAAAUUAUUAAAUGGGAA